UCACGUUUGAAAUUUUGACUUCAAGUUGGGGGUAAGAUCGAUUCACCAUGAACUCCUAAAUCCUCCCUCUAGAUCUCUCUCUCUGACCAUCCGAGGCAUAAGUGUAUGUACGUGCACCAACAGCAGAGAUCUAAAAAAGUUUCCCAAAUCAUAAAAAAAUCAAGCACCGAUCACAGGCGAGGAAGUCACACAUUGUGGAUUGCGUGGACAGUACGUCCGUCAAUCCUAUGGCUCUUCCAUCCUGAGCCCUCAUAUCAUCUUCAAUUCGUUCUCCAUGUCUCCCUCUUCGCAGGGAAGAUGCUCGUCAUACUCAGAGACGGCAGAAAACUACACGGGGUGUUGAGAUCUUACGACCAAUUCGCAAAUCUCGUCCUAGAAGACACUGUCGAACGGAUAUACCAUGGCAAUGCCUUCGCAGAGAGUUGGCACGGCUUGUUCCUUAUACGAGGUGAAAAUGUUGUGCUUCUCGGUGAAAUAGACUUGGACCAAGAAGACGAAGUUCCGCUCCGGCAAGUCGAAUACCAUCAAUUACAGCCCUACCACAAGGGUGACAUCGAAGCCAAGAAGCAUCGAGAUGAAUCAAGGGCUCAGAUCUUGUAUGAGACUAAAGGCUUUAGCAAAGAGGGGGGCGAGGGCGAUGGCUACUAG